GUGGUGAGGGUGUUCACAGCUGCUGCUGCUGCUUUUGGGCCCUGUUCGGUGUUCCCGUCAUCUUUUUCGUCACACCCGCGCUCGCCAGAUUCCAACUGUUGUACCAACCAAGGCCAUAAAUAAUUUGGCCGUGAUUAGCAGUAGCAGCAGCAGUACUAGCGGUCUGCUCCACUGCUCGUAACUGUUGUUAUCAGUACUUACUGAGUGUGUUCCAAGUCCGGAACAAAAUGCCACGACUUCAAUCCGUUUACGUCCUUCUAGCGGUGAUUCUACUGCAAACAUCCAGCCGUGCCCACACCCAGAACGAUGAGCUCAAGCUGAAAUGGGACAACCAUCGCCCGAAGGAAAUUUCGGUGUCCGGCCUUCAGCACCUUUCGGAACUGUCCCGGAACAGCGAACUGAAUGAGAUACUUAAGCAUCUGCUGGUGGAGCGUGUUGUCGGAACGCCUGGCCACGAAAAUGUCAAGAACUACAUUGUGAACUACCUGCGCAAGUUGGAUUGGCAGGUGGAGCUGGAUGAGUUCCAGGACGAAACGCCCACCUUCGGGAAGCUGGGAUUUGCCAAUAUCAUUGCUACUCUGAAUCCGAACGCCGAGCGGUUCCUAGUGCUCGCGUGCCACUACGAUAGCAAAUACUUCAAGGACCAGGUGUUCAUCGGGGCCACGGAUUCGGCCGUUCCCUGUGCAAUGAUGUUGGAUCUGGCGCAGUCGUUGAAGGCUCAGUUGAACAAGAAAAAGUUGGACAAUUCGUUGAGUUUGCAGCUGGUGUUCUUCGACGGGGAGGAAGCAUUCCACCAGUGGGGACCGAAGGAUUCAAUCUACGGAGCUCGGCACCUGGCCGCUCGCUGGGAGGCGGAAGACAAGCUGAAGCGAAUCGAUAUGCUGGUGCUGUUGGAUUUGAUCGGAACUCCGGAUCCCAACUUCUACAGCUACUUCCAGAACACCGAAAGCUGGUACUCCCAGCUCCUGUCGGCCGAGGAACGGCUGGAGCGAGCCGGACAUUUGGAGCGCUACUCCUACAGUAGCGUAGCUCCGAACCAGCAAACGGUCCGGUACUUCCAGCCGCAUUCGUACUACGCCUACAUCGAGGACGACCACAUUCCGUUCUUGCAGCGUCAGGUCCGGAUUCUGCACGUGAUUCCCAGUCCGUUCCCGGAUGUGUGGCACAAGCUGUCCGACGAUGCCAACGCCGUGGACAUUGGCACCGUACAGAACCUGAUCAAGGUCUUCCGCGUGUUCCUGGUGGAGUAUCUGCAUCUGGCCGUAUGACGAACGGCGACGGACAAGGAGAGGAACGAACUUUGAUCGUUCCGGUGCAAUUAACGAGAAAAGAAGUCUGAAAAUGAAAAAUGCAAAAUUCCAUUAAUUUUAAGCAUGAAAGUCUCGUAAAUUUCAAUCAGAGUACAUAUCGACAAAUACAAUUUUCAGAAGGCCCAUUUUCAGACGCAAAAUCUGUUUUCGUAAUUUUGCUCAUUGGAACCAAAGUGGCAUUGUUCCCCGUUGACGAAGUGUGAAGUUUGUUUUUACUUAAUUUGUUUUAGUGCUAAUAUGCUUUAUGAACCAUUCUUCAUUAGCGGCUGUUUUUAUUAGUUUUGCUUCCACUAUGUGCAAUUUCCCCCCAUUCAACAGAACAUUUUAGUAAUGUGAUUGUGUGUAUACCUAUGUAUUGAAAACAGUUUUAAGCCUUUAGACCGAUGACUAACAGCGAGGUAGUUAUAGCCAUUUGGGCUCAGCAGAACGCCAUCCCGGAACAAAAAGUGAUAAGUAUUGUACAGUAGUUGUAGUAGUCGUAGCAGAAAUUUCCUAGCACAAUGGUGAUGAUUGUAAUAAUUUUAACUUACUAGAUAAUCAGGGCAUCACACUGCAAUAAAGACAGUUGUCAUUUUUUGAUACUUU